CGUGUUCUUAAUUGUCUUCGAUCAUUUGUCCAUGCUACAUGUUAUUCUUAGUUGUUGAAGAUUUCUUGAUUUUAUAUUUAAAAAUUUUUUAUCAGUUAAGCCCAAUUAUCUCUGGCUAUAUCUUUCGUUAAGUAUUUUUGAUUUGCUAUUUGUUUUUCUAAUACAGUUCUAUUUCUAAAAAAAUCGAAAUGGUUUUUCUACGCGGAAUUCGUUCCUACCUGGCAUCCAAGCUUAGAAUUAUCAUCAGCUUUAUCAUAGUCUUGUUGGAAAUGUGGGAACGUGCAAUUACAGGAGUUCUAACGCCUGCAGAUUGUUCCCACUAUUUAGCAAAAGAGACAGAUAACCUUGCAACAGGUCCCAGCGAAGAAAAUGAAGAAGCCGUUCCAGCAGCAGCAGCAGUUGGCAGUUCAGCUAAACGACUAAAGAGGAUCAAAUUGCUGGUCGACAUAAGUAUUAGUCCGAAGGGCUCAUCAAAAGUUGUCAGUGUAUCGACCAAAGACGAAAUCAUGGACGAGGAGCCUCCUUCACGGUGGUCUCAACUUGUGUCCACGUUAGGUUUGGCCUCCUUGCACAUUUUACGAGCUAUAAGGCACCGAUUAAUUCGAUCAGUUACUGCCAGCCCUAGGAAGCGUUAUUCACAAUCAUCAUCAUCAAAUGGAGGCAGGAUAACUUUAUCCCCUCGUCGACGACUGAGCCAGCUUGGACGAUUGAUUCCAAAGUUCAAUACAUUAUUUGGAGUCAGAGACCCCAUGACGGACAGCGUCCAUCUCGUACCGCAACCGAAAAUGGACGAAGCUGAAGCUGCAAAUAGAUUUGCGGCUCGAAAUCAAGUUGUUGAAAAGAGGAAGCGUCCCGAGAGUGCCACCACCGACGAAACUCUUUAUGAUGCUGACGAAUGUGAAGAAUUGCCCGUCCAACUUGGCGCAGAUGGGAACCCGGCUGUCAACAACAAUAGGGAAGUUUCUUCCGAAGAUUCUGACGAAGCUGGAACAGGUUGUGGAUUGAAUAACCUUGAAUCUGAUUCGGCUUCAAGUUCUCAAGAGUAUUCAUCUCCUUCAUCGGACCUUCACAGAUUACUAAAUAUUCCAGAAGAGCAAUAUGAAAGUGCGGACGACGAGGAUUACGUAUACCCAACGGGAAGAAUCAGUUCUACUGAUGACAGCACAACUGAGGACGAAUCUGAUCCAGAUGCGUCUCUUCUUCAGCAAGAAGUUCUCGAACUGCAAGCAGACGCCGCGGCUGCAGAUGCUGAAUUGAACCAAGAAAUCCUUGAAGCCCUCGAUUUGGAGCCUAAUGUCGUUGUCGGUCUCCGAGACGGUGACACAGCCCAAAACCAGGCUGUCAGUUCCGGACUAAAUGAAUCAGGACGCAGCAAUGGUGAGGUAUCAGUGAGAGAACUGACGGAUAAGCCUAUCCCACCACCAACCGUCCCCGCAGGAAACCAGGCUGAUAAGCCCAGCAAAGCCAACGAGGAGCAAGAAGAGCCCCUUGACAUCGAUAGUAUUUAGUUCUGGUAAUCCACCAGCCUAACUCUUACGCAAAUUACAUGUAAAUAUGUACUCAAACAAGACUGAAAAAAUUCGACACAAGUUUUUCACAAAUUUUGUUCUACUGGUGCGAGAGAAAAUGCAUUUUUAUCCGUGAUUUAAUCCAUUCUUUUAAAAUAAGCGUUCAUGUUUUUUUUCAAUAUGUUUACAUACAAGGUUUGUUCAAAAUUUAUCUUCUUAAUGAUGUCCACUUGAAAACACAUUUUAUUUUAUUUUCAUUCGUGCUAUAAAUGCUACGUGAUAAAUAUGAUGUAAGUAAUAAAUAUGCAUUUAUCAACAGCUUAAA